CAAAAGAAAAAAUAGUUGUAUAUUAGUCGAGAAUCAUAUCAAUGAAAUCAGGAGAUUCAAUGGCAAUUUAAAAAUUGAAACGUGUUCCUCUUUCAGCCGCCGCCGCCGCUGUCGUCUCGCCGGUUGAACCAAUCUGCUUUCUCUCUCUCUCAAAUCAUCAUCGUACUCUAAUGGCCUCCAUCAUUUCAAGAAGAUUAAGGUUAACUUGUUCAAUCCUAAAACCUUGUCAAUUUCCAAUCUUUCAAUCCAUAACCCACAACCCAUCUUCUUCUUUUCCACACUUUUUCUCUCAAUCAACAACCCCUUCAAAACCCACUUCCCAUUUCAAUCUACAUCCCUUUUCAUCACACAAAGUUUCAAUUUUUAACAACCCUUUUCUUCAUUUCACAAAACCCAAGUUUUUAUCAACCAAAGAUUCAUCACCAUCAUCAUCAUCAGAAGAAGAAGAAGAAAAAGAUUCUGAUAAAGGUUCAAACCCAUACCCAAGUGAAAAUCCAAAUUUCAAACACCAAGAAAUUGAAGGACCAACAGUAGAAAGAGAUUUAUCACCACUUGCUAAUGAGACAAGAGAUGUUCUUGAAGGGAUGAUGAAGAACAUUUAUGGAUUAAGCAGAGUUGUUGCUUUAAUGGGUCUUGUUCAGCUUGGUGUUGGUGGUUGGAUCACAUACAUAACUAAAUCUUCACCAAUUACCGAGGUUUCUGUUCAAAGUUUUUUGGCUUUUGCUUUUCCUUUUUCUUUGGCUUUUAUGCUUCGUCAAAGCUUGAAGCCAAUGCAUUUCUUUAAGAAAAUGGAGGAACAAGGUAGGUUGCAGAUUCUUACACUUACACUUCAAGUUGCUAAACAGUUGAAUGUUUUGUUUGUUAGGGUUAAAGGGGUUUCUUUUCUUUGUAUUCUUGGUUUGUCUGCUGGAUUGGUUUUUGCUGUGUUUUCUAGAUGAGUUUGUUUUGGUUUUUUCUGACCAAUUUGAGGAUAUAAGGUUUUCAUUUUAAAUUUUAAUCCUAGUAUAGCUGGUUUGAGUGCUUAUUACUACUUAUUGUAAUAAUGUUGAAACAUGGAAAAGUUAUGAAGCACAUACACUCUUCGAA